CGAUCCCCUGACUCAACCUGAAAUCAGCGCCUCUGUCCCACAGUCACCCAGUUAAUUUUAACCUUGACCUCCCACAGCUGUAACUGCUUUACCCGGUCUAGAAAAACUCCCUGAUCCCACCCUCUCCCUCUCCUAUGAAGCAACAGUGGAGAGGAAAAACGCAACCCAUUCCUUUAAGAAAGAUUCCCCCUCCUCUCUUAGAAGCCAGCGCCUGAUGGUAAUUGCGGAGUCUCCAAGUCAUACUCGUUACUCCUCAGCGUUGGGAGCCACAGCCGCCGCCGCCGGUCCGAGGCUGCAGUGGGUUUCUGUGCAGCAAGCACUGCAGAAUCCACGCCAAGGAAAGGAAGACAGACAGACACACGGCUGCUGCCCUGCACACCGAAGCCUUUGGAUCUUCAGAGAGAACAAGGAGAGUACACAGACUUGAAACAUGAGUUCGGAUACCAGCCACGAAGUGAUCACUACUCCUCUUCCUCCGAGUAUGCCUCACAAAGAGAGAUACUUUGAUCGAAUUAAUGAAAAUGAUCCAGAAUACAUUCGGGAGAGAAACAUGUCUCCUGAUCUACGACAAGACUUCAACAUGAUGGAGCAGAGAAAGCGAGUUACUCAGAUUCUACAGAGUCCUGCCUUUCGGGAAGACCUGGAAUGCCUUAUUCAAGAACAGAUGAAGAAAGGCCACAACCCGACUGGGUUACUAGCGUUACAGCAGAUUGCAGAUUACAUCGUGACCAGUUCUUUCUCCGGCUUCUCUUCACCUCCACUCAGUCUUGGCAUGGUCACACCUAUUAAUGACCUUCCGGGUACAGAUACAUCCUCGUAUGUAAAAGGAGAAAAACUUACUCGUUGUAAGCUUGCCAGCCUGUACAGACUCGCAGAUUUAUUUGGAUGGGUUCACCUGGCAAAUACAUACAUCUCAGUAAGAAUAAGUAAGGAACAAGACCACAUUAUCAUAAUUCCCAGAGGCCUGUCUUUUUCUGAAGCCACAGCUUCCAAUUUGGUGAAAGUCAAUAUAAUAGGAGAAGUGGUUGACCAGGGAAGUACUAAUUUGAAAAUUGACCAUACAGGAUUCAGUCCCCAUGCUGCAAUCUAUUCAACACGUCCUGAUGUUAAGUGUGUGAUACACAUCCACACCCUUGCUACAGCAGCUGUGUCCUCCAUGAAGUACGGGAUCCUUCCAAUUUCUCAAGAGUCCCUUAUCCUGGGAGACAUCGCCUAUUAUGACUACCAAGGAUCACUUGAUGAACAGGAGGAGAGAAUUCAACUGCAGAAAGUUCUGGGGCCAAGUUGUAAGGUGCUGGUACUCAGGAAUCAUGGAGUGAUAGCACUUGGAGAAACAGUUGAAGAGGCUUUUCAUUAUAUUUUUAAUGUGCAGAUAGCCUGUGAGAUUCAGGUGCGGGCAUUAGCAAGCUCAGGUGGAGUAGACAAUCUUCUCGUUCUGGACCUCCAGAAGUAUAAAGCUUUCACUCACACUACAGCAGCAGCUGGAGGAGGAGGGGUGAACAUGGGUUCUCAGCAGAAAUGGAAGGUUGGAGAAGUUGAAUUUGAAGGGCUGAUGAGGACUCUGGAUAAUUUGGGGUAUAGAACAGGCUAUGCAUACAGGCAUCCUCUCAUGCGAGAGAAGCCUCGGCACAAGAGUGAUGUGGAAAUCCCAGCCACUGUGACUGCUUUUUCCUUUGAAGAUGAUACAGUGCCACUCUCUCCUCUCAAGUACAUGGCACAGAGACAGCAGCGUGAGAAGACGAGGUGGCUGAACUCCCCCAAUACAUACAUGAAAGUGAACGUGCCCGAGGAGUCUCGCAAUGGGGAAACCAGCCCCAGGACCAAAAUCAUGUGGAUGAAAGCAGAAGAUUCUUCCAAAGUUAGUAGUGGAACCCCCAUCAAAAUUGAAGAUCCCAAUCAGUUUGUUCCUUUAAACACAAACCCAAAUGAUGUUCUAGAAAAAAGAAACAAGAUUCGAGAGCAAAACCGGUAUGACUUGAAAACUGCAGGACCACAAUCUCAGUUGCUUGCUGGAAUUGUUGUGGAUAAGCCUCCCUCUACAAUGCAGUUUGAAGAUGAUGACCUGGGCCCGCCAGCUCCUCCUAACCCAUUCAGUCAUCUCACGGAAGGAGAACUUGAAGAAUAUAAAAAAGCAGUCGAACGGAAACAACAGGGCCUAGAAGAUGCUGAGCAGGAAUUACUCUCAGAUGACGCGUCAUCUGUUUCACAAAUUCAGUCUCAAACUCAGUCACCGCAAAAUGUCCCUGAAAAAUUAGAAGAAAACCAUGAGAUAUUUUCCAAGAGCUUCAUCUCCAUGGAAGUGCCUGUCACGGUAGUAAAUGGAAAGGAUGAUAUGCAUGGUGUGGAAGAUGAGCUCGCUAAUCGAGUGAGCAGAUUAACUACAAGUACAACCAUAGAAAACAUCGAGAUUACCAUCAAGUCUCCAGAGAAAAUCGAAGAAGUCCUGUCACCUGAUGGCUCACCUUCAAAAUCGCCAUCUAAGAAAAAGAAGAAAUUUCGCACUCCUUCUUUUCUGAAAAAGAACAAGAAAAAAGAGAAAGUUGAAGCCUAACUAAAGUCUUUUUAUAAUUACUACAAGGUGACAUUGCACAUUUAAAUACCACAUUUAAGUUGAUCAUUAAUAUACAGUGGUAGAUUAGAUUGGGGGGUAUGUAGCAAACUGGACUCUAGAACUGGAAAAGGUUUUACUAAAAGAAAAAUACUAUGAAAAAAAACUUUGAAAGUCAUCUUUUUAUAUGUCCAAAAAUGGCUUUGAAUUUUUAAACAGUUGCUA